GGUUACGGUAACAUAACUCCCCAAACAAACCUCGGGCGGGUGGCCACGGUCCUCUACGCCAUGUUCGGCAUUCCCCUGACGUUCCUGUACCUGGCCAACAUCGGCGACACCAUGGCCAGCUUGUUCAAGAAGCUCUACAGCCGCCUGCUCCGCUGCUGCUCCAAGAAGACCUUCACGAUCCCUGAAGUCCCUGAGAUGGUGAGGGUCCCGGUCAAGGUCACCGUGCUGAUCCUCUUCGUGUACAUCGCCCUGGGGGCCGUACUGUUCGCCGUGUGGGAGAACAAGUGGAGCUGGAUCAUCGGCGGCUACUUCUGUUUCAUCACGCUCAGCACCAUCGGGCUGGGGGACUUCGUGUUCGGGUUCGACGAGGACGGCAACGACGCCGUCAAGCAGAUCGUGUGCGGGAUGUACGUGCUGUUCGGACUGUCGGUGGUCUCCAUGGGGUUCAACCUGCUGCAGGACGAGAUCCUGCACCAGUACAUCGACCUGCUGAAGAAAGUCGGGAUUAGGAGGCAGACGAUG